AUGAGAAGAGAGCUCUUGUUUAUGCUUUGGGCCCACGUCAUUGUGGCGUUGAUCUUGCUCUAUAACGUUUUCGAUUUGUUGACCCUCAUCUACGACGAUUCGUUUGCAGAUCAACUGACUGACUUGGAUCUGAACCCGCCAAAGGGCACACCACCAAAGCCACAGCUUAUCCCAAAGAUAAUACAUCAGACGUAUAAGGACACGAAUAUCCCUGAGAAAUGGCUCCCUGGUCAACAGAAGUGUAUCAACUUGCACCCAGACUAUCAGUACAUCCUCUGGACCGAUGAAAUGGCGAGAGAUUUCAUCUCGGAACAGUACCCUUGGUUCUUGGAAACCUUUGACGGGUACAAGUACAACAUCCAGCGUGCCGAUGUGAUCAGAUACUUUGCCCUCAUCCACUACGGCGGUGUGUACAUCGACCUUGACGUUGCCUGUGAGAGACGUUUGGACCCGCUAUUGACGGUUCCAGCGUUUGUCAGAAAGACGAUCCCAACGGGUAUCUCAAAUGAUGUCAUGGGGGCAGUGCCAAAGCAUCCUUUCUUUUUGAAAGUGGUUGAUAACCUCCAAAAGUAUCAUAUGAACUACCUCAUACCUUACUUGACCAUCAUGUACACCACUGGGCCUUUGUUCCUCUCUGUCAUUUGGAAACGCUAUAGACGUUGGGUGCAAGUUCCUGCCUCUGCAGCAGUGAAAAUUAUGUUCCCAGAGGAUUACAAAAAGCAUACAAACUCCUUCUUCUCCAUCUUGGAGGGAUCUUCUUGGCACUUGGGUGAUGCAAACUUCAUCAAGGGACUCGGCAGACACAUCGGUCUUGCCGUUCUAGGUGGGUUCGCCAUUGCUGCCGUGUUGCUGUAUGGUGAGUACAGACUUUACCUCUGGCUCAUCAAUGGAGGUUACAAAAACAACUUUGUCACGACGCUCUGGAAAAAACACUCCAGAAAGAGUCAGGCUAGAAGAAAUAGAAAGAAUUCAAAUCUGACAGGGGUAAUGCUAGAACCGGAGAAAAUUACGGCACCCUUCAUGGAUCCAGAAGUUGGUCUGCAAGACUUCGAACAGAUCGAGCUCACCACAGCCAGUGGACCAACAUGA